GCCAUCAACAGGUAAAAGAUCGCUUCACCAUUUGUAGGAGUCUUCAAUCCGGCAAAGAACUCUGUGGUAGAACAUUGUUUCGUUUAUUGGAAGAAUGUGGAAGAAACUUUUUCAACAGUGGCUCUUAGUAGUGGCAAUUACGCGGAACAUGGCCUCUGCUUUUGCGUUCCAGCCGCAACACCGACGGCGGAGUGAGAGCCAUCACCUUCGUACAGGCAGUGUCCAGCAGAAGCGGCCGUCGUCCUUUGUAGGGUCGCACGCCCCUUACACUAGUUCAAGGACAACGUUGAAAGGUAUCGUAAAUCCAGAUUCCUUCUUCACCGAUGACGAAUGGCAUCCACACGAUCCUGCCUUUACCACGCCCCAGCUAUUGGCCGGCGUCUGGGAUCAAAUUGCGCAUGCUGGAACCAUGUCGAAAGGAGAAACAAAUACGGUGAUUUAUCCGCAAAUUCAAGAUAAAUUCACACCCCGCUAUCUCAAUCUACUCAUGGGCCAUCUGGACUUUUGCAAAGACGUUUGCGACCACUUUGGUAUCUCAACGGCACUGGUGCCGUACCAGAAAGACGGCAAGAUUGUCGGAUUUACUGUGAAAAGCUUCAGGAACAGCGAAAGUAAAGAAGACGAGUACGAGUUUGGCUACGAUCCCUUUUGGGAUGAUGGGACGGAUUUUGAUAACCUCUACGCGGGUGUAGAUGACGACGAUAUGGCCAAGGAUCCUUAUCCGGCGAUUGAAGUAGUCGUUCCGGACGAUGACGAAGACAUUAUUGACAUUACUAAAGCAUGGGUCGGUAAGAUGAUGACAGAUAUGGGACUUUGUCCGUUUACUGCUGGUCCUGAACAAGCCGGUUUGCCGAUGGGCAACGUGCACUACGAAGUCGAUCGUAGCACGGGAGUCGAAGAGAUGUACGCCAAAUACUGGCACGAGGUGGUUCGGGUCGAGCAAAACAAGGAAAAAGACAUUUCCACCACGCUACUGAUCGUCCCUGAGUUCAUGAGAGACAACGUAGAGCUUUUUGAGUCGUUUUCGAAUACUUUGACGCAACCCUUGACGGCCUUAGACGUCGAAGAUUUGCUGCAACUGGUCUUUUUCCAUCCUCAGUGGGUGUUUAGGGAUGGCAAUGCUCGUGCUGGUGAAGCCCAGGCUGGCAACUAUGCUCGAAGAUCACCUUGGCCCAUGAUCAAUAUAUUACGGACCAGCCAAGUACGGGCCGCCCAAAAGGGCAUUCCGACUGGUCUCGUCUACAAACAAAAUGAAAAGACAUUGUCGUCUCUUGGCGUCGGCCAGUUGGAAACUAUGCUACGACUACGAGAUUGGAGUGGGAUUGCUGAUUUCAAGGUCAAUCGCCGGGAAUAUGAUGCACUCAAAAUUGCACAGGACUAUCAAAGAACAGGAAAGCUUUCUGAGGAAGACAUGUCGCUGGCAAGCGAUUCUACCCCCGCCGCCAAUAAGAUCGACCGAUCUCAGGUGGAGCAAGGUAAUCUUGUCAAUGUCUUGUUGCAAGCCUUGGAAAAACGAUUGGGAAAGAGCGAAGGUGGCGUAAUUUCAACCUUGAGCGGACCCGAGACCAGUGCCACGGCAAUGGCUGGUGAUGUCUUAAUUGAAGAAUUGGAUAGGAUUGCUUCGAGAGGCACCACUCCUAUCGCAAACGUUGAAGAAAUAGUACCAUCCAAAACAGAACCAAUUCAGCUGGAAGAGGACCAAGUAGUGAGACAGGACACAGAAAAGGAAGGCGUCCCGAAAGAAUUAGAAUUGGCACGGAAAAAACGAACCGAAGCGGCUCGAAGAGCUAUGCUGGACGAUAUUGAUGAAGAACCGUCUGCUUCCGGACGAGAAGCUAUUGGUGGAGACCCAUUGACCGAUGCCUUGUUUGGAAGAGGCGGCAUCCCCGAUGUUGCGGACGAUGAUGAGUUAAAAGGUGUGGACCCUAGCUCUUUAUUCUAAUUAAUGCAUCCACCACGCAGUAUGCCUUUUCGAGA